CUCUGGGGGUCUCUAACCCCCUGUGCCCCCCAGAAGCGGCUGGCCCCGUUCCCGGGCCGGCUGGUGUUCUGCGGGCACGGCACCCUGGAGCGGGACGGGGUCUCGCUGCUGCUCAGCGACGACGGGGGGCACAGCUGGCACCGGGGGGGGGUCCUGCCCGCCAUCCCCUUCGGGGCCCCCCGGCGCCCCCACGACUUCACCCCCGACGAGUGCCAGCCGUACGAGCUGCCCGACGGCUCCAUCGCCGUGAGCAUCCGCAACCAGGGCUGGUACCGCUGCCACUGCCGCCUGCGCGCCCGCAGCUGGGACGGCGGCGAGUCGCUGUCCCCCGCCAGCGUCACCCUGCAGCCCGGCCUGCCCGACCCCGCCGUGGCCGCCGGCGCGCUGGCGCUGCCGCAGCACGGGCUGGUGCUCUUCAGCAACCCCGCGCACGAGACCGAGCGCGUGAACAUGACGCUGCGCUGGAGCUUCGACAACGGCACCACGUGGUGGGGGCGGGGCCUGCGCGUGUGGGAGGGGCCCAGCGGGUACUCGGUGCUGGCGGCCCCGCCCCCCGAAGAGGAAGGCCCCACCCCCCUGGUGUACCUCAUCUACGAGAAGGGGCGGGGCCUCUCCACCGAGAGCGUCUCAUUGGCCACCAUCAGCCUGUCCGGCGACCUCUGACCCCGCCCCUCGCGCGCGCAAUAAAGCCAUUGGUUCAGAG